CUGUGGUUAUUACAUAUCGAUAUAAUACACGAUUUUCUCUCGUCUGUAUCAUUGUUUUUAUUGAAUAUAUGUAUGAUAUGCUUUUCAAAACAUGCAAGAAGAAGAUCUGUGCUACGUUUUUGUUAAAUCAAUUUGGAAUAUGUAUAAGUCGUACAAAUCGUAAAGACUGCAAAAGUGAUAAUCAUCACGAACUGUAUUGACGAUUAAUGGCAGCUGACAAAUACAUAUUUCUUAAAAAAACAACUUAAAUAAUGUAUGCCUUGUAAGCGUCAAUUGAUAGUGCAAACUAAUAAUAAAUAAUAUAAGAAGAAUUGAAUGUAAAUAACGCAUUAUACGAUGAUAUUAAGUAUCAUAAUUGGUUAGGUUAUUUGGUUAUAAAACAAAUACGCGUGCAUUAGAACUGUUUUUAAUAUUAAUUGUUAUAUUUGAAAUCUAUAUAACUAUUUCUAGACGAAAGUGAGUCCACAAGUUUAAAUAUACGAAUAUGUCAGUCGGUAUAAAUUUACAAGAAAGUUACAGGAAUGAUGUAUCUGAGAUGCAGUUUAUGAAUUUUGUCUGUCCAAUUUGUGACUUUUUAUUUAUAAAUAAAGAUGAAUUUUAUGAUCAUUUGCACAAUCACACUGGAGACGGAUUAUUGAAACAGUUUUUUAAAAAAGACAUAAUCAGCGAAUCACAAGCAGAAUCAGAACAUUGUAGCCAAGAAAAAUCUGAUAAAUUGCCUGAGAAUGUGGCAAGGCCUUUCAAAUGCCAGCAAUGUGAUUUAACAUUUGACAGAGCUUCUCAAUAUGAUUAUCAUUAUCGAAGUAUACAUUUAGGUGAGAAAUCACAGCUAUGUGAAAUCUGUGGCAAAGGUUUCUUUAGAAAAGCAGACCUAAGAACACAUUUGAAUAUUCAUUUGGGAACAAACACUUGUAUUUGUGAAGUUUGUGGGAGAAAAUUCAACCACAUAUCAAAUUUGAUUAGACACAGUAGAAUGCAUGCUGGGAUAAAACCAUAUCCAUGUUCUAUUUGUGGCAAACGUUUCACUCAGAUCAGUUCUCUAGCCAGACAUAAGCGUAUUCAUGUGAGACUAAAAAAAGAUGCAUAUGAAACACAAAGUAAUAGUACCAAUAUCAAUGCUGAGAAAAAAGAUCACACAGUAAACAAGAAUAAGUCUGUUGAAGGUAAUGCACUUGCUCAACAAAAAGCUUUUAAGAGACAACACUAUUGUAAAACUUGCGGUGAGAGCUUCAGUUUGAUCUUACAUUUGCGGGAACACGAGAGCUCUCAUUUAAAGAAUGCAACCAGUUCGGAAGGCAAGAAUAAUGAAAUGAAAAAUUCGAUAUUCGAUGAGCAUAAAAACCAGGAGGAUAAUUUCGAUUUCCUGGAGAAUGAGGAAAAUUUGAAAAGAGUAUUGCCAUUGGAAACAAUUAUUUAUAUCACAUCAGAACAGUUGAAGAAAAUUAAUCUGGAGAAUAUUGAGAAUACUAAGGACCAUGUUGCACAAGAACAUUUUUGUGAUACAAACGAAAAAAUUCCAUUAAUUGAGGAAUUAACUGAUUCUGACAAACUGAUAUCUAAUAAUGAAAUACUCCAAAACGUGCUGUAUGUGUGCCAAAUGGAUGAACCUGUUCUAAAGAGCAAAUUAAAUACGAAAUUUUUAAACAAUCAAGAAUAUUUAGCGUGCCCACAAACAUAUGAAGUAGACUUGCAGAAAUCAGAAGUACCACAAAAUUAUAACACUUCAACAAAUAUUUCUCUCAAUGUUACAGAUAUGUUUCAAAAGAUAGAUUUAUCAGAAUCAAGUAUCACUGAACAUGAUAAACUCGAUUUAACUAUCCACAAUCACCAAGACAUAAACGUCGAGCAAAACGAAAAGGUUCCAGAUGAUUCAAAUAAUGAAAGUAAUUCUAUAAACCAAGAAGAACCUAUGCUACGUUUAGUACAGACAGAGACAGGAGAACAAUUUUAUGAAUUUUUAAUUAAUAAUUUAGUGGAGAAACUACCGAACAUACAGUCCGUAAAAACUUCCGAAAAUAAAGAGGAACAUGCAGAUAUUUCUGAAAAUAUAGUAAACACAUGUUUUAGCAUAAAAGAUGUGAACGACGACGUCCACCGUGAACAAAAUAUAAGAGAUGAUAUAUCCGGCGACCUAAGUUAUACACAAUAUGAAUUACAAGGCGAAGAAAAAAGUUUUGCCGCAAAUCAGAUUUUGUUGGAUCCACAAAAUGAUUUUGAUAAAUAUGUAGAAACGAAUUUCGAAGUUUUUGAGCGAUUAAAUUAUGACGAUAGUUCAGAAAGAUUUCUUAAAUUCGUGGAAAAUGCGGGAGUUGAAAAUCAAAGCUCCAAAAUCUUGGAGUGCAAAGAAAACGAUCAACUUUUACAAUUCCAAAGUUUCAGUCAAAUCGAUUCCAUCCAAGAAAAUGAAAAGAAUGACGCAAUUAGCGACAGUGAACAGAUACUUCUAACUUCUCUUAAUGACGAUAUACAAUGUAAACUUAAUACAAAUAAUGAUCAAAUUGUUGACGAAGAGGAAACGCAGGUGCAAGCUGAUAAUUCUAUGAGUGAUGACAAACAAGAUGAUCAACAGGAAGAUUUAAGAAAGUCGAAAGUAUAUUUAUUAAAGUUCCAGUGUACAGUAUGUGAAAAAUCAUUUUCAACCAGUUACAAUUAUAAACAGCACAUAGGUACACAUUUUGCAGAUCAACAAAAAUUUCAUUGCAAAGAAUGCAAAAUGUCCUUCGCUUGGAAAUCUACAUUAAACAAACACAUCGCUAGUAAUCACAGACCGGAAGGUCCGCAAAAGUUUGCGUGUGAUAUGUGCCAAAAAAUUUACAAUACUUCUUCACAAGUAAAUGAACAUGUGAAACGUGAUCACCUAAAGCAGCGAAAUCAUGUGUGCUCCCAUUGUGGUAAAUCAUUUUUCAAGAAAUACGACUUGAAAAUACAUAAUAGAAUUCACACAGACGAGAGACCAUAUGUUUGUCCAGCUUGUGGGAAAAGAUUCCACCAUAGAAGUCAUAUUAUUCGUCAUGAACGUAUACAUUUUUAGGGAGAGGAUGUAUAUUAAUUAUUUAAACUUUUAAAAUGUAACUAGUGAAACAUAUUUAUGAAUGGAAAACAUUGUAAAUUUUACAUUAUACAGGAUGUAAAACUAAAUGCAUUCAAAGCCCUAUUAUUUGAAUUACAUUAAUCAUCGUCAUUAGAUGUUUUAGAUUAAUUAUUUUAAUGGAAAACUAUGUGCUUUUAGUUUUACAUUCUUACACGACAAAGAUUAUAAUGUAAUUUGCAUAAUGCCUUUUCCUAAAUAUUUUUUUAGGAGAUUAUUAUUUUUUUAAGAAAAAAAGGAAAUAAAUGAUAAAUGCCCUUGAA